UCUCUCUCUCCUCUUUCUCGCUCUCUCUCAGUAUCCCUCUGGUCUCUGACUGAGUGAAUUAUGGGGAACACGCCGUCGUGCAUACCGCUGCCCUCUGGGGGCGGCUGCUCGUCCUCGGCGUCGGCGACGACCAAAGUCAUCCACGUGGACGGCACGGUCACACGGCUGGCGCGUCCGGUGCGCGCGUCCGAGCUCAUGCUCGACCACCCGGGCCAGUUCGUCUGCGACUCCGGCCGCCUCGCCGUCGGCUGCCGCGUGCCGGGCGUGGCCGCCGACGAGCUCCUCCAGCCGCGCCACGCGUACUUCCUCCUGCCCAUGGACAUGCUCUAUUCCGUGCUCACCGACGAGGAGAUGGCCGCGCUCUCCGGAUUCCACGCCGCCACAGCCGCUGCGUCGUCGUGGAAGAGGAUCACCACCGCUCGAGGACGCGACCAUGACCGGAGCACGAGCAGGCCGGCGAGAGACAGCUGCAACGAUGGCGCCAGGGUCUAUCCGAUGCUCGGCCUGCUCGAGGCCACCGAUCUCGGCGCUGAUCAACAUGAACGUGCCGCCGCUGGCGUCAGCAAGUCGAGCGGUGCCGCAGGGCUGACGCGGCACCGGUCGUGGAAGCCGGUGCUGGACACCAUAGAGGAGGUUCCAUGACGCGGCGGUCGGUUGACCGGGAACCGCAGAAGUGAGCAGCUCUGAUUUCGCUGGUGUUAGGAAGGCGGCAGCUAGCUUGAGCUGGCUCUCGAGUGUGCAGUAGCUAGCUUCCAGCUAUUCUUUUUCUCUUUGCCUUUUUUUUGUAAAGCCAUUUUUUUUGUUUACGCAUACAAUGCUGGCAAAAUUAUUGUCAAUUUUGUGCUAGGAAAAUAAGAAAUUGAGUGUGCGUCUUAUGGUGCUGUUUGGGGUUUUUCCCAUAUAAAGCAUAGAUUACAACGAGAGAGAA